AUGUCAUCAAUUAAAAGAUUAUUGCCUCUUGACGGAAUAAAAGUUAUCGAGAUUGCAGGAUUAGCUCCUGCACCAUUUGCAGGGAUGGUAUUAGCAGAUUUUGGUGCAAACGUCAUCCGAGUUGAUAAAUCCACAAACAUGCAUAAUAACAUGGACAAACUUACAAGACAUAAACGAUCAAUUUCUAUAAACUUAAAAUCACCAAUUGGAAUCUCAAUCUUAAAACGAUUAAUUUACCUCGAUACUGAUAUAUUGAUUGAACCAUUUCGACCUGGUAGAUUUUCUAAUAUGGCGGGACAUGAUAUUAAUUAUCUUGCAGUUUCCGGUGUAUUAUCGCUUCUUGGAAGAAAGGAUGACCCUGAUUUUGCUGGUGGUGGUAUGAUGUGUGUAUUGGGUAUCUUAUUUGCAUUGAUUGAAAGAUCAAAAUCGGGAAAAGGUCAAAUCAUUGACGUUGCGAUGGUUGAUGGUGUCAAAUAUUUGGCAACUUUCCUUCAUUUAAUGAAGCUAAUGAAACAGUUGAUGACUGAACCCCGGGGAGAAAAUAUGCUUGACGGAGGUGCUCAUUUUUACGAAGUUUACGAAACCAAGGACAAUAAAUAUAUGGCCGUCGGUGCUAUUGAACCGCAAUUUUAUGCAGAAUUAUUAAAAAGAUUAGGUUUAAAUGAGAAUUCCUUACCAUCCCAAUUAGAUAAUUCGAAAUGGAAUGAAAUGAAACAAUUGUUUAAAGAAAAGUUCAUGACUAAAACGCAAGAUGAAUGGAAUCAAGUAUUUUUUGGUAGUGAUGCAUGCGUUACACCCGUUUAUGAAUUAAGUGGGAAAGUACCAGAACCUGCCCCCAAGUUAUACGAAACCCCCGGUAGAUUGGCUCACAUCAAUGAAUCCUUGGAUCCCGGUAAGCAUAGUGAAGAAAUUUUAAAAGAAUCCGGUUAUAGUGAAAGUGAAAUUAAAGAAUUUUCGAUGAGAGGUAUCGUUGGUGGAUUAAAUUUUAAAAAAAGUUUAUUGUAA